AUGGCCCCUGACGCCGGCACUCGUGGGGUGAUUGAAACCCUCCCCGGAUCCUUACCCAUGUCUGUUGUGCCGGAUGAUGUGAACCCUGAGUUCGUCGCGGUUUCGUGCAUCUCAGGUCUGCAUUCGCUCACCGAUGCUGACUUCAUAGGUGAUGCGCUGUGGAAGGACCUAUACGCUCUAACAGGACUUCCAAGAACAUUUUCGACCGCGAAAGCAAUAGAAACAGCUUGGAACGACGUUUCCAGCAUCCGUAAACCUUUUGACUUCACGUUCACUCCAGGGACAGCGGAGGUUGUGCGGAAAACUCCCAAAUUAUCCUGGGUGGAAGGUAGAUUUACGUUCAGCACAAAAAGUUGCCCAGCGUCUUUCUGUUCCGGAAUGGUCUCGCUCGUACCCGACGGAGGAGACACAUGGAAAAUAUGGAUAUUGAGGACCAUUCUCGAGCGGCUUGAAGGGCAUCCUGAUGUCGAUGUACCAAAUCCACAGACACCGAUCAUCAACUGGGAAGCCAACGAGUUUGACUGUCUGGUUGUGGGUGCUGGCCAGUGUGGAUUAUCCACUGCGGGACGGUUGCAGUCAUUGGGGGUUAACUACCUUCUGAUUGAUAAAAACGAUAACAUCGGGGACAACUGGCUUUUGAGAUACGACUCAAUGAAGUUACACACUGUCAGAGCGUAUGCGCACCUCCCAUUUGAGCGGACGUUUCCUGGCGACUCCUAUCCAGAGCUCCUGUCCAAGUACGAUCUUGCCAAGUGCUAUAAAUUAUGGGCCGACAAGCUCGGCAUUAAUGUCUGGCUCUCGUCACAGCUAGUGUCUGGUUCCUGGGACAAAGAUCAAAAGAAAUGGAAUCUGGUGCUACGUCGUAGGGACGGAGAAACACGCAUUUUGGUCCGCCAUCUCGUCCUAGCGACGGGAGCCGGGGGUCAAACUCCAGUUGUCCCUACUUUUCCUGGAAGGGAAAAUUUUAGAGGCUUGGUCCUCCAUUCCGUUGACUACAAAUCUGCAUCUCAAUGGAAGGGCAAAUCAGCAGUGGUUGUGGGGUCUGCAAACACAGUCAUCCUGCCUUUUGAAUACUACCAGCAAGGAGCCAUGAGUAAGUUAACGGAUGCAGUACAUGAGAUGUUGAUGUCAAACAGUCCUAACAAACAACAAGCGAGAUACAACGAUACCUUUCCCACGAACCUAGCCGACAGGAUUGAAUAUACGACUCCGCUUUCAAUAGUCAACAAAAUGGUCACGUCCCGUUUUAAUGACAUGAUGAGUCAAGAUACCGAACGACUCGACGCUCUAGAGCGUGUGGGGUUCAGAGUGAAAAGAUGCGGCAAUCCGUUAUCUACAUUAUACGAGGAGGGCGGCCGGCACAUCUGCGAAGGUUGCCCAGGGUUUGUGAAGUCAGAUGCCGUGAUAACCGGAUACAGUAAAGAUGGCCUCAUAUUUAAUGAUGGCUCCGAACUUAAAGCCGAUAUCAUCCUCCUGGCGACAGGUUUUGAAAUGUCCUUUGGUCCCACCAUUGCUAGAAUCCUGGGUGCUGACGUCGCGGCGCAGCUUGAGGAGUUUUGGGGGCUUGACGAAGAAGGUGAAGUUCGAGGGGCGUGGAAACCACUUGGCCAUCCAGGAUUAUGGUAUAUGGGUGGUCCCUUCGGACAUAGUCGUUUCUUCUCUCGAUUCGUGUCCUUGCAAAUCAAAGCGGAGCUGGCUGGAACGCCGCUGGUCGUUUACCGCCGCACACCAAAUAAUGAGGGUAGUGUCAAAGAAAACAGUACUGUUAAAAAUUAA